UGCGCCCCGAGCGCGGGCUUCCCGCGGCCGCCGGCCGCCCCCGGCGCCAUGCACGGCUCGCAGAAGGACACCACGUUCACCAAGAUCUUCGUGGGCGGCCUGCCCUACCACACCACCGACGCCUCGCUCAGGAAGUACUUCGAGGGCUUCGGGGACAUCGAGGAGGCCGUGGUCAUCACCGACCGCCAGACGGGCAAGUCCCGCGGCUACGGCUUCGUGACUAUGGCGGACCGGGCGGCCGCUGAGAGGGCUUGCAAAGACCCCAACCCCAACAUCGACGGCCGCAAGGCCAACGUGAACCUGGCCUAUCUGGGCGCCAAGCCGCGGAGCCUCCAGACGGGCUUUGCCAUCGGCGUCCAGCAGCUGCACCCCACCUUGGUCCAGCGAACGUACGGGCUGACCCCCCACUACAUCUACCCGCAAGCCAUCGUCCAGCCCAGCGUGGUGAUCCCGGCCGCCCCGGUCCCGCCGCUGUCGUCGCCCUACAUCGAGUACACGCCGGCCAGCCCGGCCUACGCGCAGUACCCGCCGGCCGCCUACGACCAGUACCCGUACGCCGCCUCGCCCGCCACGGCCGCCAGCUUCGUGGGCUACGGCUACCCGGCCGCCGUGCCCCAGGCCCUCUCGGCCGCUGCGCCCGCGGCCCCCGCCUUCGUGCAGUACCAGCCCCCGCAGCUGCAGCCCGACCGGAUGCAGUGAGGGCUGCGCCCCGGG